UCCUGAACGUGGCGGCCGGCAAGGCACCAAUGCAGAUCAGCACCGAGGGCGGAGGAGUGCCCCAGAAGGCCAUCGAUGGCAGCACAAGCUCCUUCUUCAGCCCAGACACGUGCACCCUGACCCGGCCCGAGAGGGUGCCCUGGUGGUAUGUCAACCUCCUCGAGCCUUACAUGGUGCAGUUGGUGCGCCUCGACUUCGGCAAACCCUGUUGUGGUAAAAAUAAACCAGCCACAAUAAUUGUAAGAGUCGGAAAUAACCGACCUGAUUUGGGAACAAAUCCUGUCUGCAAUCGAUUCACUGGUUACAUAGAAGAGGGCAAACCGCUAUUUUUGCCGUGUAACCCCCCAAUGCCAGGGGCAUUUGUCAGCGUUCAUUUAGAGGGAGCUGCUCAAACCAGUCAACUGUCAAUCUGCGAAGCGUUCGUCUACACUGAUCAGGCUCUACCAAUCGAGAGAUGUCCUCAGUUCCGGGACCAGCCACCAGGAAGCACUGCCACCUACAACGGCAAAUGCUACAUUUUCUACAAUCGGCAACCUCUCAACCUGCGAGAUGCCCUUGCCUUCUGCCGCAGCCGAGGGGGCACCCUUGUCGAUGAGAGCAAUCCCGCCCUGCAGGGUUUCAUCAGCUGGGAGUUGUGGAGGCGUCAUAGGAGCGACACAAGCAGCCAGUACUGGAUGGGAGCGAUUCGAGACCCUCAGGACAGGAACAACUGGAAGUGGCUUGGCGGUGAGGACGUGACCGUCUCCUUCUGGAAUCUGCCAGGAGGCAACGAGGAUUGCGCCAGAUACGAUGGAUCCAGGGGAUGGCUGUGGUCGGAUACCAACUGUAACGUCAACAUCAACUACAUCUGUCAACAUCAGCCGAAGGCUUGCGGAAGACCUGAGCAGCCACCCAACUCGACCAUGACAGCUAAGAACUACAACGUUGGAGCCGUGAUCGAAUACUCGUGUGACGAGGGCCAUCUAUUGGUGGGACCCAACACGAGAAUUUGUCUGCCAACUGGAUUCUACAACGAAUUCCCGCCUGUUUGUAAAAAGGUUCAGUGCGGUUUCCCAGCUGACAUUCAGAAUGGAGACUACGACCUUCUAAAUGGAACAGUUGAUUAUCUGAGUGAAGUCCUUUACUCAUGCGACGAAGGCUACAAGAUCCAAGGACGAGCCAGGCUGACCUGUGAUCUGGAUGAGAGGUGGGAUGGACCUCCCCCAAGAUGUCAAGCCAUCCGUUGUGCUGAGCCACCGUUCAUUGAGAAUGGAGAAGUGUUCGUUUCGAACAACGCAACAAUCGUUGGCACAGUUGUCGAAUACACGUGCUCGUCUAGGAAAUUCAGACUAAUUGGUGCAAAACAGUUGACGUGUCUUCCAAAUGGAAAAUACGACAAGAAUCCACCUGUAUGCAAAGAAGUAGUUACCGGUAGCGGAGGGGCCAUAGUUCAGGCCCCGAAGCCAACGCAGACAUCGAGCCGACCGCUGCCGACCACCAACCGCGAGAAGCCACGACCGUUCUCGCCACGACCUACGUCACAGCCGGACAACUCCAACAGUGAGUCGGGUCGCAUCCCGAUCGUGGCCUCGGCGCAUCCCCAGGACAACGAGAUCCCCGACUCGGUGCACGUGAGGAACGACCUCGCGCACAGCAAUGCAGACUUGCCCGGCCACUCACUCGAGGACCAGCACAGGCAAACCAUGGGAGCUAAACUCAAUCUAGGGGCAAUAAUUGCUCUAGGAGUAUUCGGUGGAUUCGUGUUCCUGGCAGCUGUAGUCACCACAAUCGUCAUUCUCAUCAGGAGAAAUCGUAGUGCCAAACAUUACCGUCACCGUGCUUCCCCAGACUGUAAUACUGUCGCUUCUUUUGAUUCGUCAAGCUCGGAGUCGCGCGGCGGCAAUGGUAAUGGAGGAUUGAACCGGUACUACCAGCGCGCCUGGGAAAAUCUGCACCAGUCAGCAAACGGCAAGAUGGUGGGAGGUCAACUGCGGCGGAAGGAGACGCUGGACCGCGAGCGUGGAGGCAGUGAGUUGGUGGUGAGUGACGUCUACCCGCAGACGCGGGCGGGAGCGUCACCACCCGACAAGAAGCGCCACCACCAUCAUCAUCACCACCACCAUCACGGCCAAUCACAGGGCGACUGGCGUCGAGAGCACCAGUCCGACCGUCACCAGCGGUCGCCCUCCAAGACCAGGUACUGACCACUGACCUGCACCGUCCCCAACAAAUCAGACAAUCCUCAAUGUUACGUUUGCUAACAAACGCAACCUACAGUGAAACAAAUAUCUGCUUGCUAACUUUGUAGCGAAGGUGUGUUGCAAACAAAACAAUCUAACAGUGAAACAAAAACCUGCACGAUGUAAAACGUGUCAACAAAUGGGGUAAUCUACAAUGCAUCGUUAUAGAAGGAUAUUUGUUGCUAACCAAGCUAACCUAACAGUGAAACAAAAAGUAUUGAUAUUAUAUUAUCAAGAACAGUGCAACAAAAUGAGCUAGUAAGUAUUAUAUAAACAAUUUUAUAUGAGUAAGCGACAAACACAUCCAAUCCAACAGCAAAAAUGCACUUUCAUCAAAAAAUAUAAAAUUUGAAUAGGCUCAAAUGUAAUAGAGUCAAAUAUGAAACGUUUGUUGAUAACAGACCCAUCCUAACAAGGAAACAAAAAAGAGUAUUAUAGAUUUGUUGAAUCUUGGUAGAUUCAAAGCAUACCAAACAUGUUCAAAGCAUUAAGAAUAAGAUAAAGAUACAAAUUAAACAAUAGAAGCUUUGUGCUAACUGACAACAGUUGAUACUGGAAUAGAACUUUGGUACUAAUACUGUACCAAAGACAACAAUUAAAUCUGGAUGGGCUGCAGAAACACCAAGCCAAACCUCACAUUAUUUCAAGUGAAAUAAAAAACAAAAAUGGUACAACAUACCCGGCCCAAUCUAAUGAAAUGGAAUAAUACAUUUUCAAUUUGAAUACUUCAUAUUAGGCUAUUGUCAAGAGAGAGGGUACAAUCUGAGGGUUUAAACACGUUGUUGAAGGGAUUAAGUUGAAACAUUCUAAUACUGGAGUAAAAUUGCAUUAUUAUCAAGACUUGGCAAGUGAAUUAGAAAAUGGUGUUUACUUAUAAUACUGAUAUGAAAUCUCUCAAAUAAAGAUUCAGAUAGGGGCUAAUCGAUGAACGAUUGAAGCUUGGAUGUUGACAUUUCAGAAAAUAAGCCUACAAACGUAUAAACUAUGAAGUGAGAUAAAUAUUUAGGUUAGUGAAUGUAAAUGGAUUGUAACUUGGUAAUCGCAUCAAGAUCAAGUGAAGGAGUCUUAAUUAAUGUAUCUAGCAAUACUUUAUAAGAUGCUCAGUCGAUUUAUAAGUUUAUUAUCAAAGCUUGUUUCUUUGGAUAAUUUAUACUGUAAAUCCUUCUACAUUGGAUUCAUGGGAGAAAGAUGAGAAGAGUGCAUGGCUUUUUCUUCUAUUUUCACAAAUGAGAAUGAAAAAUGCAUUAAAAUUGAUAUGAUGUUAGUUUUCAAUCUUGGAAACUUAAUAUUCACGAACAUUGAAAAACAGCAAGGAAAUGUCUUCAUUCAAUUUUUUAUUUGAGGAUGAUGAAAUUUCAAAGUUUAUUAAAAUCUCAAUAAAGAUACAGUUUCAUGAUCGAAAAAUUUUCUUUUUAAAGUUUUGAGAGGUUGGAAAAUAAAGAGUGCCAUGCACAGAAGGUGGGGUAUUAAUUAAUAAACUAGAUACAGUAGUGUAAAAAAGAAAUUAGAUUUACCAGACUGAAUAAUAAAACGAAUUCGUAGUUAUUAAGGUUAUUGUAUAAAUCUUAUUUCUAUUUUUUACUCAUGUGGAGAUGUGUGGAGUUUUACAAGUAAAGGUACUAUUUCUAUUUCUACAGUAUUUAUAAGAUCUUCCGAUUCUUUCAUUUAUAUGUUGAAAGAGUGACAUUUGAAAAGAUUGUUAGCACAACCAUACAAAAAUAGUGAGAAUAAUAGAUAUUAAGAUAAUAUUCAUUUGAAAACGAAGUAAUCUGUGGAAUUAAAAAAGUUCAAUAACAUUCUUCAAAGCUAUAAAUAUGGUGAAUAAAAGAGGUUAAUCGCAAUUAAUUGUUUAUUCAACAUCAUCAAAGAAUGUUGGUCAUUUGUAUUGAUUUAGUCUUUGAAAAUAAUAUAGAUUUCUAAGAUCAACUCAUUUGACAAUAAAAAAUCCACAAAACUCUUUUGAAAUCAAUAUUAUUGUUAGUUACAAUUGAUUUCUAUGUACAGUAUUUUUUUACCUAAUUGAUAAUAGGAAUUAUGAUAAUGAGAAUUACUCUUUCACUUUAUAUUCUUUAAAUUUUAUAUCCUGGUAAUGCUCAUCUUGUAAAGUUGAGAUAAUUGAAAAAUACUAUAUCUUGUGUCAUACUCUGCUACAUGCACUUGUAAAAAUCUAUUCAACUCUAUGAAUCUCACAUCUAGUUCAACUUAUGGAAAUUUUUCAUUCACAAUAUUCUAAACAUUAUGUUAAUAAUAGUAGUUUGAAUUACAGUCGAUCAAAAUAAUCUGUAAUUUCUUAUUUAACCUAUUUGAAAAAACUUGAAUUUUCCUUGAAUAUCUUGUCUGCAUGUAGCAUAUGAAAAAUAUAUUGUCAAGUACCUUGAUUGAAAAUAUAGUUUUAAGAUGUAUUUAUGUAAUGUAUGUAUGUAAAGAGACUUAUAAUGAAAGAUAUAAAUAUUAUUAUACUGUUGAAUUAUUACAAAUCCCAAUUCCUUCAACACUAUUGAGAAAGAUGUGAUGGGUUAACUGUAAAUUAGAGAUUUGUUUUCAUCAUUUUUGGUUUAGAAAAAAUGUGAAUUUUUGCUAGCGUCAGGUCUCAUGAUUAUUUAUUAUGUUAUAAAAAACAAGAGAUUUAAAUUCACUUAUGAACUCGAUGCAUAUCACAAUAAAAUUCUAUUGAAAAAUUGUUCGUAGUUGAAAAUAUUUCAACUCAUUAAGAUGUUUCAUUCAUAAUAUUAUUCUGAACAGUAUUUAAGAAUUAUUGUUUGAAACAGAAAACUAAUUGCGAAAGUCUUCCACGAGAUGAACUAGAUUUAUACAACAGUGGGUAGGUAACCUCUAGCAGAGGAUGGCUGAAAAUUUCUCUGAGAAAUACCUAAGAAAUUAUUUUCACAUUGAGUAGGACUUCAUAAUUCACCACAAACUGAUAAUAUUCAUAAUAAAUCUAUUAUAUUGAAAAAGGUUGUAUGGACUAUGUAGUACAAUGUUGAAUUAUAAAUUUCUGUUUUAUUUGUAUAAUAAAUAUUGACUUGAAUGAGUACAAUAAUAAAUUGCAUUGAAACUGAGAGAACAUUCUUCGCAUACAGAAACAAUAAAUUCAAUAAAUUAUGUUACGUAGAGACAAGUUGGCUGUGUCUAUACUAUAGAAAUAGAAUCUUAUAGAAAGAGGAAUAAUAAUUUAUAGUAAAAACACAAACUUAUAAUAUAUCACAAACCUGUAUGGUUCUCUAUAGUAAUAAGAAACUAUAAAAUUCUAAACGAGACUAUUUUUACGUAGAUUUGUGACACAAUUCAGUUUACCAAAGUAUAUUUGGAAGAUAAUUCUAUACGGUACUCCGUACCAAUUUUCAAAAACAAUAAAUAGGCCUAAAUUCGUAUUUUUUUCGUUUUGGAUUACAUAAUCUAUUAUAUGAAUAAUUUAAUAUAAUCUACUAUUAGAUAAGUUUAAAUUAAAUAAAUAAAUACAUUUUAUUCACUGUACUCUAUAGAACCUAUACUAAUCUUUAGUAGGAUCUUUCGUUGAGUCAAAAUCAUUAUUCAACGGGGUUUUUACCAACAAAAUAGUUAAUUUAUAUUGCUGGAUACACAGAUUUUAGAAUCAGAGUAUUUAUAGAAUGUAUUCCAAUAUAAAUGAAAGGGGGCUUUCAUUUAUUCACUGAGGGACAAAUCUUACUAUUGAACGCUACUGUUGUAAUGGAAAAGAUUUGUGAUAUUGUUAAUUCAUUAUAUACAUAAAUAAUAAAACUGAAUUGAAUAAAUAAAUGAACAAAUAAGAAACUAA